AUGUCGAAUCGUGUCUUCGGCCUCAGCGGCAUACAAUCCACCUCGCUCCCCACAAACCGAGAUGUCGUUAUCAUCGGGUCCGGCAUCACUGCCUGUAGCGUCGCGCGCGAACUUCUCCAGUCUCCCAGAGAUCUAACUUUGACUGUCCUCGAGGCUCGCGAGGUUUGUUCGGGCGCAACGGGUCGCAAUGGUGGCCGAAUCAACUGCGUUGCAGUCUUGGACUACGACAAGUAUUACCAGAAGUUCGGCAAGGAAGCCGCGACGAAGAUCAAUUCUGGCUGCAGCAAAGAGCUUGGCCUCGAGGACUUCGAAAAGUCUGAGGUCAGGGAAGUCGGAACUUGCGCGGCUAUGUUCGAAGAUGAGCAGUUGGCAGAUCUCAGGCAGAAGCUGGCCAAUUUUGAAGCAGCAUUUCCGGAUCUUCAAGGGCGAUGGAGAAUCGCAGAUCAGAAGGAAGCCGUAGAGACGUUCAAAAUCCCCGAGGCAAAAGGAGCUCUCGUCGGCCGAGCAGGAGCUGCAUGGCCUUAUCGGCUUAUCACGAGCAUCUGGGCAUCCCUCUUGACGAGCCAUAGCAGCAGCCUGACCAUCGAAUCCAACACUCCGGCCAUGAAUAUCCGAAGAGACGAAGUGAAUACGGAUUACCCGUACGCCAUCAGCACCCCUCGGGGCAUAGUCCGCGCGCAGCACAUCUUUCUCUGUACCGAAGGCCACGCCAGCCACUUAAUACCUGGUCUUCGUGGUAUCAUUGUUCCGCGUAGGGGGGAGAUGACGGUCCAGACUCCUGGCAGCCAAUUUCAUCAGAGAGAUGGAGCCUAUUCUUGGAGCUUUUAUUUUCCCCAUGGUUUCGAUUACCUCACCCAAAAUGCCCGGUCUGGAGAGUUAUUCGUGGGCGGCGGCGAUGUCGGAGGGGAAGAGGCCUUGAUGCAACCUCUUGGUAUAGGCUCGGACGCAGAGGAGAUCAUCACCGCGAAGGCCCAUCUUGCAGGCGUUCUUGGUGUUGUGUUUGGUCAGGAGAAUACGGGGGAUCCGCCAAAGAUGCGUGCUUCAUGGACCGGUAUAAUGGCUAAUACGCUGGACGGCGUACCGCUAGUAGGAAUGCUUCCUCAGGCGGCUCUGGACCGUACUGCGGGCGAUAGAAACUCCGCAGAGUGGAUUUGUGCUGGUUACGGAGGAUAUGGCAUGGUCAACGCAUGGCUAUGUGGACGAGCCGUGGUGAAGAUGUUCUGA